AUAAAAUGCUGCCUGAAGUGGUAUUCGUAUUGGGAGCGCCUGGCGCCGGCAAAGGCACGCAAUGCUCGUUCAUCGCUAAAGAAUAUGACUUUGUGCAUCUUUCUGCGGGUGAUUUACUUCGAGAAGAACGUCAGCGACCUGGUUCAGAGUACGGGGAGAUGAUUGAAGAAAAAAUACGCAAUGGACAAAUAGUUCCGGUUGAGGUUACGUGCUCGCUUAUCCACAAGGCCAUGAUGAAUUCUGGUAAGUCGCGUUUCCUCAUUGAUGGGUUUCCACGGAACAAAGACAACUUGGAAGGAUGGGAGCGCGCCAUGUCGGACAAGACGAAGCUAUUAUUCAUUCUAUUCUUCGAGUGUUCUCGAGAUUUGUGCACAGAGAGAUGCCUAGGGCGUGGCGCUGCAGGCAGCGGCCGCUCUGAUGACAACCUCGAAAGCUUGCAAAAGAGAUUCAACACAUACUUACAUGACACAAUGCCUAUCAUAAAGCACUAUGAUCGAAAAGGUCUUGUACGGAAGAUUAAUGCUGAAGUAUGCCCAGAAGAUGUAUUUGAUUGUGUCAAGAAGGUAUUCCGUGAGGCUGGUUUGGAAAAGAGAAUAGCUAACUAACUUUCUGAUCAUUUUUAGGCAAUAAGUAGUUGCAAUGGUAGUACUAAGGAAUUAGGACAAUAUGUCCUCUGUAAUAAUUCCUAAAUUAAUUGUCAGGUAUAUGACAAUCUGUAAAGCUAAAAUGGGCAUGGUAAAGAAUACUUAAACUGAUUGCUUUGAGAGUUUGAAUUCAUGACAAUGUAAGUAGUUAUCAAAUGUGAUAAGAUAUGCGAUGACGAUGUUGGCUAUGUAUACUAAUAUCAUUGUCUAAAAAUAUAAGCUAUGGUUAAUGAGAUUAUAGACAAAUAUGUCUUAUAUGGCAAGACCAGCGAUAAGUGUUUCUGAAACUUAACAUAAUUGAGCAUC